CGCGGUAGAUAGUGGGUCGGACUGAGCGCACUACGAGCAGACUGGAUGGAGCUGAGUGAAGUGGAGACUUCAGCCCUGCUAGUAAGUGCGUUUUGACAGCGGAAUUCAAGGCUUGCGGUGGUUCCUGCUGGAUUCAACUCUCCGUCAAGUCUCGUGAGGAGCGUGUUGCUAUCUGCUCGGAACGCUAGCUGGCAUGAGCUAACAUGGAAACCAAACCUUUCUUGUCUUUAGGGCUCCUGAAAUCCCCGUGCUCCGCAGCGCCGCCCUGUCUGCGGGGCAGCUCCCCCACUGGCUGCUCCUGCUUCACGGGCGUGUGCCCACUGCACCAGCGCAGGAUAUCCACAGACUCAUCAGGCCAGCUCUCCUCCUCUCCUCUCAGCUCUCCAACGGGUCAUCGGGCCAUGGGCCCCCACCCUCUACAUCCGUCCCUGCUCACCCCGUCCUCCAUGGGCUCCACCCCAGGUCAGCUUCACUCGCCCAUUAAUGGUCUGGCUUCUCCCUUUCCUGUCAUCAGCUCCCCCAUGGGUCACCCCUCCAUGACUGGACCCUCAUCCACCAGUAUGGCCUUCGGACCCAGUCUUAGUCCGCAGCUCAGCUCCCCCAUGACUUCUGUCAGCAGCCCAGAAGACAUUAAACCUCCUCUGGGUCUGAAUGGGGUCAUGAAGGUUCCAGCCCAACCAACCGGCACCUCACUGUCUCUCACCAAACACAUCUGCGCCAUCUGCGGAGACCGCUCCUCAGGUAAACACUAUGGGGUGUACAGCUGCGAAGGCUGCAAAGGCUUCUUCAAGCGGACGGUGAGGAAAGACCUGACGUACACCUGCCGAGACGACAAGAACUGUCUGAUAGACAAGCGCCAGCGCAACCGCUGUCAGUACUGCCGCUACCAGAAAUGCUUGGCUAUGGGAAUGAAGAGAGAAGCUGUCCAGGAGGAACGGCAGCGGGCGAAAGAAAGGAGCGAGGCUGAGCUGGAGCUGGCCGGCUGCUCUAGUGAGGACAUGCCAGUGGAGAAGAUUCUGGAAGCUGAGCUGGCAGUGGAGCCUAAAACUGAAACCUAUGUGGAGGGCAGCCUUGCUGCUCCAGCCAGCUCUCCCAACGACCCUGUCACAAACAUCUGCCAAGCUGCAGAUAAACAGCUCUUUACGUUAGUGGAGUGGGCCAAAAGGAUACCACACUUUUCCGAACUCCCUCUAGACGACCAAGUCAUCCUCUUACGAGCAGGGUGGAAUGAGCUCCUCAUAGCUUCUUUCUCGCACCGCUCUAUAAGUGUGAAAGAUGGCAUAUUGUUAGCAACAGGCCUCCAUGUCCAUAGAAACAGUGCACACAGUGCAGGAGUAGGCGCCAUUUUUGACAGAGUGCUGACAGAGUUGGUGUCUAAGAUGCGAGACAUGCAGAUGGACAAGUCUGAGCUUGGAUGCCUGCGAGCGAUUGUUCUUUUCAAUCCAGACUCUAAGGGCCUGUCUAACCCGGCAGAGGUGGAGGCACUUAGAGAGAGAGUCUAUGCUUCACUGGAGGCCUACUGCAAACAGAAAUAUCCAGACCAACCCGGAAGAUUUGCCAAACUGUUACUUCGGCUGCCUGCUCUGCGAUCCAUCGGCCUGAAGUGUCUGGAGCACCUGUUUUUCUUCAAAUUAAUUGGAGACACACCCAUCGACACUUUUUUGAUGGAAAUGCUAGAGGCGCCACACCAAAUGACAUAAUGGAAGAGUGCCUCAGAUCACCCUUGACAAUGUUUCGCAGAAUCUCUCUAAAGAAUGACGACGCAUGUGCAGCCUUAUGCACAGACCACCUCGAGAGGCCAUGACAGGAUGCAUCUCAGUGAAGCCUGCUUUUUCUAGUCUGAUGAACAUCUUACCUAACAGUCCAAGAGAUGUGAACUACAAGCAGUUCUGCUUUGGUGCUUCACCUUUGGAAUUUCUAAAUCAAAGUAAUUGCAUAAAGACCAUUCAGUAUGGAAUAAUUUAUAGGGAAGACGGAUUAAGAGAGUCAUCGCUGGUAUGCAUGAGUUCAUGCUUGGGAGGUUACACAAAGUUGGUUCUAUGGAUUUUUAGAAGAUAAGAACUCCUAAGGUCUAAUGAUUUCUUGUUUAUUCUGCCUCAUGGAGGCCUACCUCUGCAUUCCAUUCUUUUCAUGGUCAAACAGUUUCAUCUCUGUACACAUUCAUGUCAGCGUGAGUGUGUAGGUUUGAUGAAAGAAUGCAAAACUCUCGCAUUACCUCUUAUACGCCUCUCGGUACCACGUGACUCCUUUUUCCGACACCUCAUCACUGCCUUUCGGUUAUGGACUGUACUGUAUGUGCGUAAUAUUCAGUGUUAAUCGUAUGUAAUUUGCAAAUUUUUAAUUUGGUAUCUGGAAUUCUGGAGGUAGAUACAAGAGAAAUGAAUGGUUGUAUUUCCAGCACUUACUGUUUUUUUUGUUUUUUUUUUGUCAAACAGUGUUGACAUUAGCAAGGCUGCCAGAAGUCAGUUCCCACAAGGAGGAAACUGCAGUGUUGUUUGGCCGUAGUAGAAAGUACUUCUCUUUUUGGAAGAGGUAUAUGAAUGACAGAAUGGUCUAGCAAGAAUAAGAAGCAGGUGUGCUCUUGGCCUGACUCAAGUUUUAUUAUAGAAAAAAAGAAUGAUUCAUUGUUAGAGUUGUGUAAAAUAUUUAGAAGACAUUCGAUUUCUCUAUUGUUUUGCCUCUAUAAUUCAUCUCAAUUAUGUAUCAAGCAUUUCCAAAGAUUUUCAAUGCGUUUAUAUAUCAUCUGAUGAUUCCCAGCAAGGCAGCGUUUGUGCUAUGAAAAUAUGCAAUUAGUUAAGAGAAUCCAGAUGAUGGUCUGGCCUCAGGGAUAUGUAAGGUUUGGGAAGAGCUUAGUAUGCCCCCUAGUGUUUAAGAGCUGACGGUACAGCUUAGACAGUGAAUCAUUGUCUAAACUUUUAACAGUGAAUCAUUUUGAAUUUGAAAAUGUAAAAAAAAAAAAAAGCAUUGUUUGUCAGAUUUGGCCA